AUGAAGAAGUUCCAUCUAAAUAAGCUGGCAGUGCAACGGUCGCUGACUACUAUUGCACCAAUGGGCGGGCUCAUCCGAAAAGACCGUAUAGAAGUGCGCAAGACGCGGGCCAAGAUCGGCCUCGGGGUGACCCUGUCGCUCGAGCCGGACGGCGUGUGGCUGUACAACCGCAGCCAGGAGCCGGUGUUCGUGAGCUCGCCGGCCCUGGACGCGGCGGCGGCGCGCGCGCUGCUCGUGUGGCGCGUGGCGCCCGGCCACUGCCUCUGCGUGUUCGACCCCGCCGCGCCGCCCGCGCCCCUCUGCCCCCCGCACGUGGGCCCCGUCGACCCGCGCUCCGUGCGCAUCUCCUUCGCCAAGGGCUGGGGGCCCAAGUACUCGCGCCGCGACGUCACCGCGUGCCCCUGCUGGCUCGAGGUGCUGCUGGCCCCGCCCAGC